AUGAUGACUGAAAUGGUGGAGUUGCCAGCAGAGGGGACCUCCUUGAUAAGAGCUGUCUAUCAAAGCCGUCUGCGCCUCACCAGACUGCUACUAGAGGGUGGUGCCUAUGUCAAUGAGAGCAAUGACAGAGGUGAAACCCCGUUAAUGAUUGCUUGUAGGACAAAGCAUGUUGACUCCCAGAGCGUCAGCAAAGAAAGGAUGGUUAAAUACCUACUGGAAAACAAGGCUGAUCCAAACAUACAGGACAAAUCUGGAAAGACAGCCUUGAUGCAUGCUUGUUUAGCAAAAGCAGGCCCUGAAGUAGUAUCUCUGCUACUGAAAAGUGGAGCUGACCCAAGCCUGCAAGAUCACUCCAAUUGCUCUGCACUUGUGUAUGCAAUACACUCUGAAGACAAAGAGACCCUGGAAGUUCUUCUUAAUGCCUGCAGGGCACAAGGAAAAGAAGUCAUCAUCAUCACAACAGACAAGUCCCCAUCGGGAAGGCAGAAAACGAAGCAGUACCUAAACAUGCUUCCUGCAGACCUUGAGGGAUGCCACUCCCCAGCUGCUUGCACUUCUCCAUCAGAAAUAGAACUGAAAACAUCUCCAUCCCCAUUUUCAAAUUCAAAUCAAACUAAAAAAGCACUAUUUGACUUUAAGGAUCUGGAUCAUCCUCAUAGCAUGGACAACUCAUCUCAGACAGUUUCACUGAUGAGAAAAUCCAGCUCAACAAAAGCAGGGUCCAAGCUGGCACAAGUGCAGUGGUCUGAGCCUUGGAUAAAGAGCUCCCCUUCACUGUUUCACCAGAAUAAAAUUACUUCUGUAAAAGAACUUCAGGAUAUUGCUCCAGAUGAAGAAGGACUCACUUUUAAAAUUGGCGGCCUUACCUUAACAAAGAAAUUCAUCACCAGGCACCAAAGCAUUGACAUAAAAGACACUGCUCAUUUACUGAAAACCUUUGAUCAAUCUGGAUCAAGGAAAUUAUCCUGUGAUGAACUAAACUCUCAGACUCCUUGUGUUGAAGAGAAACAUAAUCCCGGUAGGAUUGCUGUGGAUAAGGAUGCCAGUUCAGGACAUACUGGCUUUAUUUCAAACCUCAGCAGUAUUAUCAAAAAAAGAAAUUUAGGAGCAAAUCACUACAGCUCUGAUUCUCAGUUAACUACUAGUCUAAGUCCUACUGUAGCAGAAGAUAUUAAAUCCGUGACAAGAAAGAAAAAGACUCUCUCUCCAUCUCGCUCUUUGUUAUCAAGGUCUAGAGAAGUACUGGAGAGCAUGCCUGCUAUUUUCAGCAGGAGACAGCAAUCUUUUCUAGAAAGACAUGGUUCAGGAGCCUUGCUCUUGGAUCGUGUUGCUCAGGCAAGACCAGGAUUUCUUCCACCACUGAAUGUGAAUCCUCACGUUCCAGGUACUACUUUCAUAAACAGAGUUUCUGGGAUGCUUUCCUGUGGACAAAAACACUUAUUACCAGCAGCACCUCCUUUCCCUAGGGACACGAAAAAACCAAAAACGCUAAGGAGGAAAUCAUUACAGGCUGACCAAAUUAAGCAAUUAGUGAAUUUUUAA